AUGGGAGAAACAUACGGACAAGGCUCCCUGCGCUAUUUCUUUUGCCAUGGGAACCAUGGGGAUGCUCCAGUUCCCGAGCAAAUGACUGUUGAAGCCAACAUCGUGGUUUUCACGGCGCAAGGUCGAAUACUCUACGGUCGAAACUCUCGGGAUGCCUCGUCACGUUACGAGUUUCGCGAUGGGGUAUACAAUGACGUACAUGGCAAAAGCGAAGGCCGCCUUCCUGCAAAAGCAUUGGUGGAAAGACUUUUAAAGAAUGUGUCUGUGCCAUCCCUUGUCGCAGCCGAGAUACCUAAGUGA